UUUUUCUUUGUUCUUUUUUUUUUCCUUGCUUGUUCUUCGCUCCUUGACCUUUUUUUUUUUUUUUUUUUUUUUUUCCUUUUACUGCAAGUUGAAAUCCAGCGGAUGGUUAUGUUAUUUUGUGUUACAUGUGAAAUUAAUGGGUUUUCCAAGAUCCCGCAUGGAUUUAUUCAUAAGUCCGGUUAAUGUAUAGUGUGUGCUCCGGAUUUGUGACACAUUUUUUGGUUCGAAGUUGGGUUUAGAUAUUAGUGUAGGUAGUAAAGAUGGAAGACAGAAUCGCAAAGGUAUUGGGUAGCCAGAGAGUUGCACUUGCUUUAAAAAGAAAGCGAGCAUUUGAUGCAUAUUCAACAGAACCAGUCUGCAUGGAGCACCAGUGGCCUACCUUGACUUCAUUAAGUAGGGUGGGAAAGAGACGGAAGCUAGGUGGAUGUAGCAGCAGAUUUGCAAACUCUGAAACUCGUUUUAAACCCUUGUACAGAGGUUAUUCAAAUUUUAUGAAAAGUGGGAUACCAAAACACAUAAUGUUUUAUGAGAAUGGUGAGUGGAUUAAAUUUCCCCGUGAUCUUCUUGAUUUGGUUGUGGAAGAUCUGCAGGUGAAGAAAGCAUCUUUGGAAAUUAAGUUUAACGGACAGCACUGUGUUCUAGACUUUUUGCAUAUGUUUUUCUUGGACUUAAAUACGGGGUUGCAACAACCUCUUGCAUGGAUUGAUGCAGCAGGGAGCUGCUUCUUUCCUGAGAUUUAUUGUGCAGAUACAAAGGAAUGCUGCCAUUCCAAUAAUUUUGAAAAUAAAGAACCACAGGUUGAAGAAACUCAUGGGUCUAAUGUAAUCAAGUUGCAGUUGGAAAUUGAAAUAGGUGGAGUUGACCGAUCGAGUUUGAAGGUGUGUAGUGGGGAGUCAAAUGAUUAUGUCAAACCGUCCGGACCUGACGAAGAACUUGCUUAUGACCGUGAUAUGGAAGAAGUUGGGGAUAGUUGUGGUAGAAUACCUAUUGGAAAAACAUAUGGCGUUGUACCAGAACUUAAAGAAUUGGAUGUAAACCUCAUCUCUGGGACUCAAUAUGUGAACGGAGGAUUGGAUACCAGAACCGUGGAGAAAAUAUUUCGUGAUGGAAUGAUGAGCUCUGAUGGUAGUGUAGAGAUACUUAAUAUAAAACACUGCAUUGACGCUUCAAUGCAAUCUCAAUUAGAGCUUUUCAAUAAGCAAAUAGAAAUGAUCAAAGUGUACAGAGGGGAUGCAAAUGUUCGUUAUGCUUGGCUUCCUGUUUCUAAAACAGAGGUAUCUAGCUUGAUGAUGUAUGGAAUUGGGCAUUGUGGGGUUUCUUCAAUCAGAUCCAUAUAUGGCACUGGUGUUCACCUCACAGCUGUCAAUUGCUCAAAUGUCAGUGCAAGUCAUUGCGAUAUUGAUGACAAUGGAGUGCAGCAUCUGGUAUUUUGCCGUGUAAUAUUGGGAAACGUGGAACUUCUUCACCCUGGAAGCAGACAAUUCCAUCCAAGUAGCAAGGAUUUUGACUGUGGAGUGGACAACCUUAAAGAACCAACAUAUUACGUUGUAUGGAGAAUGAAUAUGAGUACUCACAUCUAUCCAGAAUCUGUUGUCAGCUUUAAGGUUGCUCCCAGUCCCAAAGUUGAAUGCCAUACUAAUGAUGUUUCGGUGAUCACUGCAUCUCGUCAAGCGUCUCCUGACCAAAUACAGUUGGAGUCUUCAGUAGUUAAUGCGGUUAGCGAUGGCCAACCUUCAGAUAUUUUGAGACCUCACGGCAAAGCAGUUAGUGUGGGUUCCAACUCUAUGAAAACGCCCAAGUCUCCAUGGAUGCCUUUCUCCAUGUUGUUUGCUGCUAUCUCUAAUAAAGUUUCUUCUAAAGACAUGGAAUCUAUUAGUGUGCAAUACGAACAAUUCAGGGCCAAGAAGAUGAAUCGUGAUGAUUUUGUAAGACAGCUGAGACUGAUAGUUGGAGAUUCUUUGUUGAGGUCUACAAUAACAAGUCUUUCCAAGGUGCCACUGAAAUCAUCCAGUCCAUAACGCUUGGAUUUGACCCAACGUGGACAGAAAGUGCUUUUAAUGGUAAUAGUUAUAUGAUGCUUUUGGUUAGAAUGUGUCGACAUAAAAUUGUGAAUAUCUCUCGAACAUAUGUUCAUAAAUGUGCGGACUGUAGAAGCUCAUUUUGCUAGUGAUUAUUUUUCCAAUCGUGGGAUGUCGGGUUUUUCUGUUUUAAGCUCUUGCAAUGUACUUUGUCGUGUGUCUAUUUCUUCGAAUUUAGCGUUUCCAAGUUGUUUUCAUUUUAUGCUGAAGGAUUUUGGUUAUUGAUUAUUGAAUGUUAGUAUGGGUCAGGUUAUCGGGAAUGAGACGAGCAAAAUGUACUUGUGAUCUCAUCAUAUUGUAAUGAAAGUUAAUUGAAGUUCGUAUUGAAA